AUUCAAAGAUCCACUUCUUUGGGAACAUCACAGAUUUCACAGAAAAAGUUUUCUCCUUUGGAAAUUCCAUGUGUUGAAGAUGAUUCAGAUGAGGAGUUUUUUGAUGCCCCAUGUAGUCCCUUGGAAGAGCCUCUUCAACCUCCGUCUAGAGUUAAAAGUCCUCAACAAGAAAAGCUUCAAAAGCCAGGUUGUUCAAAAAAUAUGACUGAAUAUAAAAUAAGAUUUGAAGUGCCAGAGGUUUUGAUUCAAUUCUGUCACCUUGUUGGAGAUUGUGAACUACCUGUGGUAGAAAUUAAUGUUUUGGGAUUGGGCACAGUCAUUGAGCUUAGAACAUUUGAUUUGAAAGUAAAUGCCUUUUUGAAAGAGGUCUGCUUAAAAUGCCCAGAAUAUUUUGAUGAAAACAAGAAACCAGUUUAUUUGAUUACAACACUGGAUAACACAAUGGAAGAUCUGUUAACACUGGAAUAUGUGAAGGCUGAAAAGAAUUUACCCAUAACAAUGUUGAAGGGCACCUAUAACAAUGUUGUGCAACUGAUUAAGGUGAAUUUUUCCUCUUUGGAUAUUCAUUUACAUACUGAAGCACUUCUGAAUACAAUAAAUUAUUUUAAUAAUAUCCUUCCAUAUUCGGAGGAAAAACCAGCCCCAGUGCAUAUUGCAGAGACUGAAGACAAAGGAGAGUUUAUUAAAAAAAUACCUUUAAAAGUAUCCAAGAAUGAAGAUAUUAUUACCUUACAGAUUUUAGCAGAAUUAUCAUGUUUACAGAUCUUCAUUCAAGAUCAGAAACAUAACAUUUCAGAAAUUAAGAUUGAAGGGCUUGAUUCUGAGAUGAUUAUGAGGCCAUCAGUGACUGAAAUAAAUGCAAAGCUAAGGAAUAUAAUUGUUCUGGAUUCUGAUACAGCAGCUGUAUACAAAAAGGCUGUUUAUAUUACUGGAAAAGAAGUUUUCAGCUUCAAAAUCGUUUCUUAUAUGGGUGCAACUGCUGGUUCUGCGUACACAGAUAUGAAUGUGUUUGACAGUCAAGUUAAUUUAACUGUUGGUUGCAUUGAAGUAAUUCUUGUCACAAAAUUUCUGUAUUCUGUAUUGGCUUUUGUAGAUAAUUUUCAAGCAGCUAAACAAGCCUUGGCAGAGGCAACUGUUCAGGCAGCAGAAAUGGCUGCUACUGGUGUAAAAGAACUGGCACAAAGGAGUUCUAGAAUGGCAUUGGAUGUUGACAUCAAAGCCCCAGUUGUGGUUAUCCCACAGUCUCCAGUUUCUGAAAAUGUUUUUGUUGCUGAUUUUGGACUAAUUACAAUGAAAAAUACAUUCCAUGUGAUAACAGAGAGUCAGAUCAACCCCCCACCCAUUAUUGAUUUGGUAACGAUAAAGCUGAGUGAAAUGAGACUAUACAGGUCUCAAUUUAUUAAUGAUGCAUACCAGGAAGUACUGGAUCUACUAUUGCCACUAAAUCUUGAGGUGAUUGUUGAGCGAAAUUUAUCCUGGGAGUGGUACCAGGAAGUUCCUUGUUUUAAUGUAAAUGCUCAACUAAAGCCCAUGGAGUUAAUUCUUAGUCAAGAAGAUAUAACAACUAUUUUUAAAACAUUAUAUGGCAACAUAUGGUAUGAAGAAAGUGAUAGUGCCUCAUGUGGAGUAAUAAAAGAUCAGUCUAGUGUUACUAGUGGUGCUACUAAUGCUUCACACCAUUCAGGAGGAACAACUGUAGUGACAGCUGCUGUGGUAGAAGUACAUUCACAUGCUUCCCAAGUUAAGACAGCACUAAAUAUGAGUUUCAGAACUGAUUAUCUCACCAUGGUACUGUAUAGUCCAGGUCCUAAGCAGACUUCAUUUACAGAUAUUCGUGAUCCUUCUCUGAAACUUGCUGAAUUUAAGUUGGAGAAUAUUAUAAGUACUUUAAAAAUGUAUACAGAUGACUCAACAUUUUCUUCCUUCUCAUUAAAAAACUGUAUUUUAGAUGACAAAAGGCCUCAUGUCAAGAAAGCAACUCCUAGAAUGAUAGGACUAACAGUUGGGUUUGACAAAAAGGACAUGAUGGAUAUAAGCUAUAGGAGAGUCAGAGACGGUUGGGUGGCUGAUUUAGUCCUUCAAGAAAUGUAUAUUUGUGCAAGUGUGGAAUUUCUGCUGACAGUUGCAAAUGUCUUUCUUGAGGCCUACACUACAGGCACUGCUGUAGAAACCAGUGUUCAAACAUGGCCUGCUAAAGAAGAAGUACUUGUACAGCAAUCAGAGAAGUGGGAAAUUAAUAUUAUUAUUAAAAAUCCUGAAAUUGUGUUUGUGGCUGAUAUGACAAGAAAUGAUGCCCCUGCCUUAGUCAUUACAACACAAUGUGAGAUUUGUUGGCAAGGUGACCUUGAAAAUAAUACAAUGACUGCUGCCAUUAAAGAUCUCCAAGUGAGAGCAUGCCCAUUUCUUCCAGUCAAGAGAAAAGGAAAAAUCACUACUGUUUUGCAGCCUUGUGACUUGUUCUAUCAAGCUACUCAGAUACGUACAGAUCCACAAGUGAUUGAAUUAUCAGUAAAAUCCCUGACACUGAAGGUGUCACCAGUUAUCAUAAACACUGUGAUUACCAUAACUUCAGCACUUUAUACAGCUAAGGAAACCAUCCCACAAGAAACUGCUUCUUCUACAGCACAUUUAUGGGAAAAGAAGGAUACAAAGAAUUUAAAAAUGUGGUUUCUUGAAGAACCAAAUGAAGUUGAAAAAAUAGCUUCCCCAACUGAAUUGGUACCCAAAGGAGAGAUAAUAAGAAUGAAUAUUGAUUCUAUUUUUCUAGUUCUUGGGGCUGGAAUUGGUCAUCGAACAGUACCUAUGCUUUUGGCAAAAUCACGUUUCUCAGGGGAAGGCAAAAACUGGAGUUCCCUAAUAAAUCUCCACUGUCAGCUUGAGCUAGAAGUACAUUAUUACAAUGAAAUGUUUGGUGUGUGGGAACCUUUGCUUGAACCCUUAGAAAUUGAUCAGACUGAGGAUUUUAGACCAUGGAAUCUUGGAAUCAAGAUGAAAAAGAAAGCCAAAAAGGCCAUUGUUGAGUCAAGUACCGAAGAAGAAAAUUACAAGGUACCAGAAUAUAAAACUGUCAUCACUUUCCAUUCAAAAGACCAACUAAACAUUACAUUAUCCAAAUGUGGCCUUGUAAUGUUAAAUAAUUUAGUCAAGGCAUUUACAGAAGCUGCCACUGGAUCUUCAGCUGCCUUCAUAAGGGAUCUAGCACCAUUUAUGAUUUUAAAUUCUCUUGGACUUAGUAUCUCUGUUUCACCAAGUGACUCUUUUAGUGUGCUCAGCGUACCUAUGGCAAAAUCAUAUGUAUUGAAAAAUGAGGAGAGUUUAAGUAUGGAUUAUAUCCGAACUAAAGACAAUGAUCAUUUCAAUGCAAGGACCAGCCUAAGCAGCAAAUUCUUCUUCAUUCUUCUUACACCUGCUAACCACUCUACUGCUGAUAAAAUCCCUUUAACAAAAGUGGGACGACGACUGUACACUGUAAGACACAGAGAGUCUGGAGUUGAAAGAUCUAUUGUUUGUCAAAUUGAUGCAGUGGAAGGAAGUAAGAAGGUAACAAUUCGCUCCCCAGUGCAGAUGAGAAAUCAUUUUUCAAUACCACUUUAUGUUUAUGGAGGGGACACCUUAUUGGGAACGGCUUCACCUGGAAGUGAAUUUAACAUACCAUUAGCAUCUUACCGAUCACUCCUUUCCCUGAAGCCAGAAGAUGAGGACUAUCAAAUGUGUGAAGGAAUUGAUUUUGAAGAAAUUAUAAAAAAUGAUGGCACUUUUCUCAAGAACUGUAGAUCUAUAAACCCUUCCAAGAAGCCAUUUAUCAUUAAUAUUGUCCCCGAAAAAGAUAAUUUGACAUCUGUGUCAGUGUAUUCAGAAGAUGGUUGGGACUUACCAUAUAUAAUGCAUUUGUGGCCACCUAUUCUACUCCGAAAUCUUCUUCCUUACAAAAUUGCUUAUUAUAUAGAGGGCACUGAACAUAGAGUUUUUACUCUACAUGAAGGCCAUUCAGCCCAGAUUUGUACUGUACAGUUGGAUAAAGCCAGGCUGCAUUUAAAAUUACUUGACUAUCUUAAUCAUGAUUGGAAAAGUGAAUAUCAUAUAAAACCUAAUCAACAAGAUAUUAGUUUCAUCAGUUUUACUUGUGUUACAGAAAUAGAAAAGACUGAUUUAGAUAUUGCUAUCCAUGUGACUUAUAAUACUGGCCAGACAGUUAUGGCAUUUCAUAGUCCUUACUGGAUGGUCAAUAAAACUGGUCGAAUGUUACAGUAUAAAGCAGAUGGAAUUCAUCGAAAGCAUCCACCUAAUUAUAAAAAGCCAGUUCUCUUUUCUUUUCAGCCAAAGCACUUUUUUAAUAACAAUAAGGUUCAGCUUAUGGUAACUGAUAGUGAAUUGUCAGAUCAGUUUUCAAUUGAUACUGUUGGUAGUCAUGGAGCUGUUAAAUGUAAGGGCCUGAAAAUGGACUAUCAAGUUGGUGUCACUAUAGAUCUUAGCAGUUUUAACAUUACCAGAAUUGUCACCUUUACACCCUUUUUUUUGCUUAAAAACAAAAGUAAAUAUCGUAUAUCAGUGGCUGAAGAGGGAAGUGAUAAAUGGCUCUCUCUUGAUUUGGAGCAGUGUAUCCCCUUUUGGCCUGAGGAUGCUUCUAAUAAACUUCUUAUUCAAGUUGAAAGAAGUGAAGGCUCUCCGAAAAAGAUACAUUUUAACAAGCAAGAAAGUUGUAUUUUAUUGCAUCUGGAUAAUGAGCUUGGAGGUAUUAUAGCAGAAGUUAAUUUGGCUGAGCAUUCUACAGUUAUUACAUUUUCAGAUUAUCGUGAUGGAGCAGCUCCAUUCCUGUUAAUAAAUCACACCAAGAAUGACAUUGUUCAAUAUAAGCAAAGUUCCCUCUGUGAAAUAGAAGAUUCCCUCCCUCCUGGAAAAGCAAUUUUUUAUACGUGGGCUGAUCCAGUGGGCUCUAGAAAGCUGAAGUGGAGAUGUGGAGAAAGCCACGGUGAAGUAACACAAAAGGAUGAUAUGAUGACACCUAUAAAUCUGGGGGAAAAGACCAUUUAUUUAGUUUCAUUCUUUGAAGGCUUACAACGCAUUAUUUUAUUCACUGAAGAUCCAAGGGUAUUUAAAGUGACAUAUGAAAGUGAGAAAGCAGAGUUAGCAGAGCAAGAAAUUGUGUUGGCAUUACAAGAUGUUGGAAUUUCUCUUGUCAACAAUUAUACAAAGCAAGAAGUAGCCUAUAUUGGCAUUACAAGUUCUGAUGUGGUUUGGGAGACAAAACCCAAGAAGAAGGCAAGAUGGAAGCCAAUGAGUGUAAAGCACACUGAGAAGUUAGAGAAAGAAUUUAAGGAAUAUACUGAAUCUUCACCAUCAGAAGAUAAGGUUAUUGAGUUGGACACUAACAUUCCGGUUCACUUCACACCUAGUGGUACUAACAUGAAAAUUCUGCAGCCACAUGUAAUAGCUAUAAGAAGAAAUUACCUUCCAGCAUUAAAAGUAGAAUAUAGCACAUCUGCACAUCAAUCAUCAUUUAGAAUUCAAAUUUACAGAAUACAGAUCCAAAACCAGAUACAUGGUGCUAUAUUUCCAUUUGUGUUUUACCCCAUUAAACCUCCGAAGUCGGUCACCAUGGAUUCAGCACCAAAGCCCUUUACAGAUGUCAGUAUUGUCAUGAGAUCUGCAGGACAUUCACAGAUAUCACGUAUUAAGUAUUUCAAAGUGUUGAUCCAAGAAAUGGAUCUCAGGUUGGAUCUUGGGUUUGUCUAUGCUAUAUCAGAACUUAUGACAGCAGCUGAAGUAACUGAAAAAACUGAGGUUGAGCUUUUUCAUAAAGAUACAGAAGCUUUCCAAGAAGAAUAUAAAAUAGUUUCAUUAGGAGAUUCAUCACAAGUCAGUCUCUAUGAAUACUUUCAUAUAUCUCCUAUCAAGUUGCAUUUAAGUGUUUCACUGAGUUCAGGUGGUGAAGAAGCUAAAGAUUCAGAAAAACCUGAAGGACUGGUGGCAGUUCAUUCUUUAAAUCUUUUGCUGAAGAGUAUUGGUGCCACUCUUACAGAUGUACAAGAUGUAGUUUUUAAGCUUGCAUUUUUUGAACUCAACUAUCAGUUCCAUACAACAUCUGAACUACAGUCUGAAGUAAUAAGACACUAUUCAAAACAGGCCAUUAAGCAGAUGUACGUACUCAUUCUUGGACUUGAUGUUUUGGGAAAUCCCUUUGGCUUGAUUAGAGAAUUUUCUGAAGGUGUAGAAGCAUUUUUUUAUGAGCCUUACCAGGGAGCCAUCCAGGGUCCUGAAGAGUUUGUGGAAGGAAUGGCACUGGGACUGAAAGCACUAGUUGGUGGAGCUGUUGGUGGAUUAGCUGGUGCUGCCUCCAAAAUCACCAGUGCUAUGGCUAAAGGAGUAGCAGCUAUGACUAUGGAUGAAGACUACCAACAGAAGAGAAGAGAAGCCAUGAACAAGCAACCAGCUGGUCUUAGAGAAGGCAUCACUCGUGGAGGAAAAGGAUUAGUUUCUGGUUUCGUAAGUGGCAUAACAGGAAUUGUUACAAAACCGAUCAAAGGAGCUCAAAAAGAAGGAGCGGCUGGUUUCUUUAAAGGUGUUGGGAAAGGUUUAGUUGGAGCAGUGACAAGGCCAACUGGAGGCAUCAUAGACAUGGCUAGCAGUACAUUUCAGGGAAUAAAAAGAGCUACAGAGACUUCUAAUGAAGUGGAGAGUCUGCGACCCCCUAGGUUCUUUAAUGAAGAUGGAGUUAUCAGACCUUACAGGUUGAGGGAUGGUACUGGAAAUCAAAUGUUACAGGCAUCAAAAAGUUUGAUAUGAAAACAGUUAAUGCAUGACUUUGCAAGUGAAAGCCAACAGUAAAUCUUAGUCUUAAAAUUUACAGACUACGUACAGCUGUUUCAGUAUUUUGAAUGCAAAGAAAAGCUUUUAUGUUGGUAACUUUUUGUAUAGGAUUUUUAGCAAAUCUGACCUUUUUAUAGGAUACUCUUAGUUCUGUACUGGAUUUACUAGAUUAGUCGAAAGCCAUUGUGCCUUAUGUACCCUCACAGUUGAUGGUACUUAUUUACCCAGUUAGACCAUUUCUAUUUAGGGUGCUUCCUUCAAACCACUAACAGCUUUUAUUCCAGAUAUAAUCCUCAUGUCCAGUUAGGCAUGCAUAAGGAAAAAAAAUCAUGACCACUGCUAUUGUGAAUUCUUGGGUUCUCCUGCUUUUCUUUUGAAGAUGCCCAAAUGGCCAUUACCCUCUUCCCGCUUUAUGCUUGUGUGGUCUAUUUAAAACCCUGUGGAAUUGAUAAGCAAUUUACAUGAAAACCAACAUCUUUUAGUAAGGAAAAUUAGCUUUUAGAACAAUAGUCAGUUUGAAUAUAGAAUAUUUUAUCUGUUUAUAUAACUUCUACUUUGAAAGUUAGACUUUUUAAAAUCUGGAUUAUGCUGCAAUAACAUACACAAUAGGAUAUACCAAUUUAAAGUCGUUUCUGUGGUUUAGAUGUGAAAUACUAAAUUAAAUCAUUUAAUUGAAAACAA